AUGAAGAUAUCGAAUCCCCUUGCCGUACUCCUCCUCACCACCGUGGUAUCUGCAGAUGGUCCUACUUCGAAAAGCGAAAUUGGGAACACACAUCAUGUCGCUCAACGAUCGCCUCCGGUCAUAAUCACACGGACACAGGCAGUAGACUCGAUACAUGUCAUGGCAGAAGACUCGCUUGCACAUACCCAUUCCUCCGAUCGAUGGCUGGGUCCGUUGGUUGGCUUGAAGACUUUUACCCAGGACAUUGGUGCCAGAGUGACGGUCCGUACUCCGCGGCUCAAAGCUCGGAAUGAGGGUGCGUUAGGGCAAGCGCCCUGGUACGGGAUGGCCUUUGGGCUGGCGUGCACGACCCUUGCGGCGCUGAUGUUGGGAUAG